UAAAGGCUGGGCCUUAUUGAGAUGUUUUGUUUUCUUUUGAGCCUAAAAAUAGAGGCAGUUCACACCAGCUGAAUUGAGCCCACCUCUCAGUAGUGACCAGAGAUGGCUCCUUCGCUCUCUAGCCCCAAAACUAUUUCCCAAACUUUCUCUCUCAUCCCUAGUCAUUCUUUCUCUCUGGUUUCACACCGUUUACCAAAUUAUCGGAACCUUCUCCCCAGAACUCAUGAGCCGAGUUUAAGGCUAAAGCAUGGAAUCCAGUUAUCCUUCGAUACCAACUCAAUGGGGGGCUUUCGUUGUGGGGCAAUUUUAUCUGAUGUUGAAAGAGAGAGAAAUUAUAGGAAAAUUGGGUCUCAAUCAACUGGUUCUCUCUCUGCAAAUCAGCUCUUGGAAUUGGUCGAAGCCGCUGCGAAAACUGGUGCUCAGGUUGUAAUGGAGGCUGUUAAUAAGCCUCGAAGUAUCACUUACAAAGGAACAACAGACUUAGUGACAGAUACAGAUAAAAGGAGUGAGCUAGCCAUACUAGAAGUUGUUAGAGACAACUUUAACGAUCACCUUAUUCUUGGGGAGGAAGGGGGACUGAUAGGGAACACAUCAUCUGAUUAUCUCUGGUGUAUUGAUCCUUUGGAUGGAACGACAAAUUUUGCUCAUGGUUACCCCAGCUUUGCAGUAUCAGUGGGAGUUCUCUUCAGAGGAAGGCCUGCAGCUGCUGCUGUGGUUGAAUUUGUAGGGGGCCCUAUGUGUUGGAAUACACGUACAUUUUCUGCUGCCACAGGUGGUGGAGCCUUUUGUAAUGGUAAAAGAAUUCAUGUUAGUGCAACUGACCAGGUGGAGCAAUCUCUGCUGGUGACCGGGUUUGGCUAUGAACAUGAUGAUGCAUGGGCCACCAACAUUGAUUUAUUCAAAGAAUUUACAGACAUCAGCAGGGGUGUUAGGAGGCUUGGUGCUGCUGCUGUGGACAUGUGUCAUGUAGCUCUUGGUAUUGUAGAGGCCUAUUGGGAAUACCGCUUGAAACCAUGGGACAUGGCUGCUGGGGUCUUGAUAGUUGAAGAAGCCGGAGGGAGCGUUACAUGCAUGGAUGGAGGGAACUUUUGUGUUUUUGAUCGCUCUGUUCUGGUCUCUAAUGGUGCGCUGCAUGGAAAGCUUCUUGAGAGGAUUGGCCCAGCUACAGAGAAGCUGAAGAGCAAGGGCCUGCUGGUGCCUGUGUUGAUGUUGGUGUUGCUCCAUAGUAUUUCAAUUAAUUGAACAAGAUUCAAAAGCUUCCAGUUGGAAGGAUGAUCAGUGCGAGUUUAUACCUUGAUUCUUGAUGGUGAACCCAUCGCCAGUAACGUUGGUCCUCGCCCCAAACAAUCCAGAGGUCUCUUGCAAACAAGAAGAAGCAGUUGCCACCCGAUUCCUCAUCAAACCAAUAUUUCUGCAAAUUAAAAAACAGUUUCUAAAUGUUUAUCAGUGGCCAAAAACUCGCCUCAUGCUCAGAAUUUGGCACAUGCUGGAUGAGUUACUCGGACGAGUCCGAGUGGAGUAGCCUGAAUAUGUACGAGCUCAAAAUUACAAAAUAAAAGUCUGCAGCAUUCACAAAAAUAAAAGGGGUAAAAAGCAAAAAAGUUAAAACACAAAAGUCAUAAUGGAAUAUAUAUUUAAACAUCAUUAUUAUGAAUUUAGUAACAAAAUAAAUGAUUUUAUGAGUUUCUUUAUAUCCCAAUUUGUAUGUUAAGCUUGCCAUUGUAGGCGGCCUAGGUCGUAUAACUCAACCGAGUGGAGUACACUCGGCCAAGUUCAAAACUUUUGUCUUUAUGCAACUGUUUCUCUUUUGUUA